AUGGUACCGACCGCCGCCGACAAGGACAAAGCCCCUCGCCCUUCCAAACUCGCCCGUGAGAACAACAUCUCCGCGCAGGAAGAGGCCGAGAUUCGUGAGGCCUUUGGCCUUUUUGCCGAGCCCAUGGACGGCGAAAAGGACGGCGUCCUCCCGAUUGGCGAUCUGCGCCGCGCCCUCAUCGCCCUUGGCAUCCCGCCUGCCUCGCGCGCCGAGCUCAGCGAGUUUGUCGGCAUCCUCGACCCGGACGACGAAGGGUUUGCCGUCUACCCGUCCUUUGUGGCCAUCUGCGCCCUGCAGAUGCGCGCGCGCGCCGACCGGACGUCGCGGGCCGAGCAGGCCCAGGAAGUGGACGAGGCGUUCAAUCUCUUUGUGGGCCACGGCCAGUCGGCGGCGGCGACGGCGACGGCGGCGACGACAGGUGACAUAAUUACUGUAGCGCACCUGCGACGGAUCGCGGCGACGCUCAAAGAGGAGGUGGCCGACGAUGUGCUGCGCGACAUGGUGCUGGAGGCCAACGGCGGAGCGGGCGUGACGGCCGGCGUGGACCGGGACGCCUUUGAGAACGUGAUGCGACGUGCGGGUGUCUGGCGAUGA